CUUUGUCUGUGUCGGUCCCCCCCCCACUCCGGAGCCUGGCAAGCCGGCUUCUCUCCCGGCCCCGCCCCCCAUGCUAGGGAGGCUGCUGAUACCGACGCCCUGAGGGGCUGCGCCCGGUGCCCGCCGCAGUCUGGAUCACUGAGCUCUCAGAGCUGGGGGGGACCCAGGGAGCGACCCCACCCCUCAUGGCAGUUAGAAAGGGGGCGCCGAGGGGCAUCGGGGCCGGCCCGCUCACUCGCCUGCCCUCUUCCCCCCCCCCCAGCCGUCCGGAACGACAGGAACAAGAAGAAGAAGGAGGCGCCGAAGCAGGAGUGUUCGGAGAGCUACAUCCUCACGCCCGAGGUGGAGGAUCUCAUUGAGAAAGUGCGCAAAGCCCACCAGGAGACCUUCCCCGCCCUCUGCCAGCUCGGCAAAUACACUACGAACAACAGCUCGGAGCAGCGGGUCUCGCUGGACAUCGACCUGUGGGACAAGUUCAGUGAACUCUCCACCAAGUGCAUCAUCAAGACGGUGGAGUUCGCCAAGCAGCUGCCCGGCUUCACCACGCUCACCAUCGCUGACCAGAUCACCCUGCUCAAGGCCGCCUGCCUGGACAUCCUGAUCCUGCGGAUCUGCACACGCUACACGCCGGAGCAGGACACCAUGACCUUCUCGGACGGGCUGACCCUGAACCGAACCCAGAUGCACAACGCCGGGUUCGGGCCGCUCACCGACCUGGUCUUUGCCUUCGCCAACCAGCUGCUCCCGCUGGAGAUGGACGAUGCGGAGACCGGGCUGCUCAGCGCCAUCUGCCUCAUCUGCGGGGGUGAGAGCGGGGGGCGCUGGGGUGGGGCGGGGCUGGGCAGGAGCCCGGGUGGGGGGGUGUUGGAGGUGCCCAGGACAGGGCUCUCCUACCCCCCGGUAGUUCCGUUUGCCGUCUCUCUACAUCGGGGUUGAGGCCGGAACUCUCCG